AUGUCUACUCCUACCUCCGCGACGAACGCCGCCACUGCCGCCGAUGCCUCCCCGGUCAUCCACGCGCGCACCCCCUUCUCGGGCUUUAUUUCGAAGCUCCCGCCUUCCUCGAUCAAUAGUUUUUGCGGUGCCAUGGCAGGCGUGGCCUCUGGGAUCGUUACCUGUCCGCUCGAUGUCAUCAAAACCAAAUUGCAGGCGCAGGGGUCGUUCCGGCGCAUCCAGCAGGGAAUGCCGCCCUCCAAGGCAUUGUAUCAAGGCCUGUUUGGGACGGCGCGGGUAAUAUGGCGCGAAGAUGGUGUGCGCGGAAUGUAUAGAGGGCUUGGGCCAAUGCUGCUCGGAUACCUGCCCACUUGGGCCGUUUACAUGAGUGUCUACGAAGGCUCAAAGGAGUUUUACUACAACAAAAUAGAGAACAAAUGGCUCGCCCGCGUCUGUGCGUCAAUAACCGCUGGCGCAUGCUCGACGGUUUCGACGAACCCAAUUUGGGUCAUUAAGACUAGACUCAUGUCACAAGUUAGCUCGCGAGCCUCUAAAGAUGUUCGGACGCCGUGGCACUACAACUCCACGUUCGAUGCAGCCCGCAAGAUGUACCGCACCGAGGGCCUUGGCUCCUUUUACUCUGGUCUAGGCCCUGCACUUCUUGGCUUGACCCAUGUGGCCAUUCAAUUCCCGCUCUAUGAAUAUUUCAAAACAGUCUUUACGGGUCUGGAGAUGGGAGAGAACUCCUCUGAGGACAAUGACGUCCACUGGGUCGGUAUCCUGGGCGCGACUUUCCUUAGCAAGAUUUGCGCAACAUCUGCAACGUACCCGCACGAGGUCCUGAGGACUCGGCUUCAGACCCAGCAACGCUCCCUGCCAGCAAACUCACCUGAUCAUAUCUCGUUCCGUUCCGAGUCCCAUGGGCACAAGCGUCAUCCCCCCGGUGCAGCGUCCUCCGACGGUAUGAUCAAUAUGCCGCGCUAUCGCGGCUUGGUCAGGACAUGCCGAACCAUAUUGAAAGAAGAGGGCUGGAGAGCAUUCUAUAACGGCAUGGGCACGAACAUGGUCCGCGCAGUGCCAGCAGCAAUGACCACGAUGCUCACAUUCGAAAUGCUGAAGAAGGCCUGUUUCGAGUUAAGAGACGGCGAGGCAGCAGCACAGGGAGGCUAG